AAUAGUUAAUUAAUAAAUUGGGUUGUGUUACAAUUUCUUCAUAGAAAGAGACAGAGAGAAAAUAGUGUAUUUUCCAGAAUCAUUCUUUCUUCCAACACAGAACCAUGAGACGAGAGUUUUUCAAUUUGGUUGCUUUCUCCAAUGGCUACGUUCAAAUCAUCUUUGCCCUUUUAAUUCUGAGCUGUUCUUCAAUCCCUCAAGUGCUUUCUUCCAUUCAUCAAUACCAAAACGAAUCCUUCAUCCAUCGUUCCAAUUCUUUCUUCUUCCAUGGCGGUAAUGAAGCUCUUUAUGCUUCUAAUGCCCACCCACUUUCCUCCAAUUCCACCGAUUCUGCGCACCAGUUGCUGGACGGAAUCUCCUUCAUCAGGUUCGAAUCGAUUACAUUUAGACGAACUAAAGAAUCAGCAGAACAGAAGAAUGAGAUGCAGCAAAAGACUGGGUUAAUUGAAGCUAUUAUUGUGGAAGUCAAAGAUAGGACAAAAAUAGGGGGGGCAUUUUUGAAUUCUGAUCUUAUAUGUUGUACUCAGAAGCUUGCAAGCAAUGGCUCUUGCAAGGUCGGGGAAGUUAUCAUUAAGCAGGAUUCAGAUUAUCCUAAUGGACCAAGAAGAAUUCAGACUUUCUUUGAAGGGAUAAGUGAAGAAGCUAAAAUGGAACCAACUACAAUCGAACUCAACAAAACUGGAAUGUAUUAUCUGUAUUUUAUGUUUUGCGAUCCGCAACUCCGAGGUACGUUGAUCAGUGGAAGAACAGUUUGGAGAAACCCAGAUGGUUAUUUACCAGGAAAGAUGGCUCCAAUGAUGACAUUCUUUGGCUAUAUGUCUUUUUCUUACCUUAUUCUGGGUCUUGUUUGGUUUCUCUGGUUUGUAAGAUAUUGGAAAGAUGUAAUGCAAUUGCACUACCAUAUUACUGGUGUCAUAGGUUUGGGAAUGUGUGAAAUGGCCCUUUGGUAUUUUGAAUAUUCAAAUUUUAAUUCCUCUGGAAAUCGACCGAUGGGAAUAACCAUUUGGGCAGUUACAUUCAGUGCUAUUAAGAAGACUGUUUCUAGGCUGCUUCUUCUAGUGGUUUCAAUGGGAUACGGGGUUGUGAGACCAACCCUUGGCGGUAUAACAACAAGAGUUAUCCUUCUUGGUGUUCUGUAUUUCUUGGCUUCUGAAGCACUUGAGCUUGUAGAGCAUUUAGGAAAUGUUAACGACUUCUCUGGAAAAACAAGGUUCUUUCUGGUGUUGCCAGUUGCUGUAUUGGACGCUUGCUUUAUUCUUUGGAUCUUUUCCUCACUAUCGAAAACCCUUGAGAAGCUUCAGGUUAGAAAAAGCAUGGCCAAACUUGAACUGUAUCGAAAGUUUACCAACUGCCUCGCAGUUACGGUGUUGGUCUCUAUAGUUUGGAUCGGAUAUGAGUUGUAUUUCAAUGCUGCAGACCCGUUGAGCGAGCUAUGGCGAAGAGCUUGGAUUAUUCCAGCCUUCUGGGUUUUGCUUUCUUUUGUUCUCUUGUUGAUUGUAUGUGUUCUUUGGGCUCCUUCUCAUAAUCCAUUGGCUAGAUUUGCAUACUCAGAGGACACUGGGGAUGAUGUCGAUGAGGAUGUUGUGGCACUAACUGGAGCCGGAAUAAAGGUAGCUCCAGAUCUAACUAACAAGCUAGAAAGGAAGGAAAGGAAGGCACCAUCUGCUUCAGAUCAUACUGUGUUCAGUCAUGGUGGAGAUCUUGAGGAAGAUAAAAGAGAGUGAUCCUCUCUCCUCUCUGUAUAUUUUGUUUCAUUUCUCUCACUAAGCUGCUUAAAAUGGAAGCCUAAUCACUCAUCAGUGCUUCAAAGUUGUACAAUCGUAUUGAAGAUGGAGGGUAGAGAUGAAGAAAAUGAAGGAUUGUUAACCUCUUUGAUCAACUAAGUUCCGUUGGAGAUUUGAAGGAAUCCUUGAAAAAUAUUUCUACUGUUUGCAGCUUCAACUUGGGUAGCCCUGAUAGAAUGAAAAUGAAAGGAGGAAAAAGCUUGUUUGAAUGUUGAUGAUCUAUUCUAGUCACUGUUUGUGAAAUGUAGACAAAUAUUGUAAUUUGCUGCUCCAAAAUGAUACUAAGAUAGACUUUCAAGUUCAGGCACUUGGACUCCAAGAUAUUAUAUUUGGCCAGUCA